AUGGAGCGAAGGAACCACAGUGGGCGAGUGAGUGAAUUUGUGUUGCUGGGUUUCCCAGCUCCUGCCCCACUGCGAGCACUACUAUUUUUCCUUUCUCUUCUGGCCUAUGUGUUGGUGUUGACUGAAAACAUGCUCAUCAUUAUAGCAAUUAGGAACCACCCAACCCUCCACAAACCCAUGUAUUUUUUCUUGGCUAAUAUGUCAUUUCUGGAGAUUUGGUAUGUCACUGUUACGAUUCCUAAGAUGCUCGCUGGCUUCAUUGGUUCCAAGGAGAACCAUGGACAGCUGAUCUCCUUUGAAGCAUGCAUGACACAACUCUACUUUUUCCUGGGCUUGGGUUGCACAGAGUGUGUCCUUCUUGCUGUGAUGGCCUAUGACCGCUAUGUGGCUAUCUGUCACCCACUCCACUACCCCGUCAUUGUCAGUAGCCGGCUAUGUGUGCAGAUGGCAGCUGGAUCCUGGGCUGGAGGUUUUGGUAUCUCCAUGGUUAAAGUUUUCCUUAUUUCUCGCCUGUCUUACUGUGGCCCCAACACCAUCAACCACUUUUUCUGUGAUGUGUCUCCAUUGCUCAACCUGUCAUGCACUGACAUGUCCACAGCAGAGCUUACAGACUUUGUCCUGGCAAUUUUUAUUCUGCUGGGACCGCUCUCUGUCACUGGGGCAUCCUACAUGGCCAUCACAGGUGCUGUGAUGCGCAUCCCCUCAGCUGCUGGCCGCCAUAAAGCCUUUUCAACCUGUGCCUCCCACCUCACUGUUGUGAUCAUCUUCUAUGCAGCCAGUAUUUUCAUCUAUGCCAGGCCUAAGGCACUCUCAGCUUUUGACACCAACAAGCUGGUCUCUGUACUCUACGCUGUCAUUGUACCGUUGCUCAAUCCCAUCAUCUACUGCUUGCGCAACCAAGAAGUCAAAAGAGCGCUACGUCGCACUCUGCACCUGGCCCAGGACCAGGAGGCCAAUACCAACAAAGCCAGCAAAAAUGGUUAG